UGCCGCUGCCGCUGCUGAUAAGCUGCAUUCACCUCGCCACCACCACCGACGCUGCUGCACCACCGAAUUAUCCAAAUUUUCUUCCGGAACAACUGGUGCAACAGAUGCGUACGGCGCGCACCACUUGCCAGAAGGAAACCGGCACGAGUGACGAAGAAAUAGCGACGUUCAACCAACCGGAAACGGUCCCGUCGCAAUCGAAGUCGGCGUCGCGGGAGUUGCAGUGCUACAUGCACUGCAUGUUCCGGGCGUUCAAUGUUAGCAAGGCGGACGGGAAUGUGGAUCUUGUCGAAGCGUACCACACCAUCCCGAAGCAGUUUAACUCGAUCGCGCUGAGAGUGUUCGCCAAGUGUCACUUUCGGGUGGAGGGUGAUGAUCCGUGCGAGAGGGCGUACUCGCACCAUCGCUGCUGGAAGGAGACGGAACCGGCAAACUACAUCUUGCUUUGAUGAUGCUGACUCCGGAUCAACUUUGAAGAGAAAUCGGUGCAUCCUUUUUCCACAACUUGAUGGUAGCUUUCGGUGACAUUCUGUUCUGCAAUUAGUCUCAACCAGAGUCGCAGAGCACAAAGAACAGAGAACGAUGGUGCUGCUGUGCAAGAGUCGAUUCGAUUUACUGUCGUCUAUGGUGUAUGGGCUUUUGCCCAUCAGUUC